AGAGGAGAGCCGCUGCUGCUGCUGCUGCUGCUGUUCACUCCGCUCUGCUCCGGGGAAAAGCGGCCGACGGAUUAUCCGGCUCGGUAACGUUAGCUCGGCGGCUAACGGGUCAAGGCAGCAACCGAGAGGAGCCAUGCAAAGCCACGGCUGCGUCCAGUGAAAGUUGGUCGGAUCUUACUUCGGGACACUUCCAUGCACGGACACAUAUUAAAAACGAGGCUCUCGGAUCAUGCCGUCACCCCGACGGGAACUUUUCUCUUGAAUCUCCACUUGGGAACGGCUAGCCUAGGAGCUAGCGAGGCUACAAACUAUUUUUAAUUGGCUUUCGGGCUCAAUGGCUCCUGCUUGUUUUCCCUGUCGCAGAGACAGCUUGGGGAAUUAAAACGGGGAGAGAGGCCCUGUGAACUUCAUGACAAACCAAAGCCCGGCUUUGAACAGUAACUUCGGAAGACUAGACUGGCAAAGGACCGAAAAUGAAGAAGCAGUUCAAUCGGAUGAAACAGCUCGCCAAUCAAACAGUUGGCAGAGCGGAGAAAACAGAAGUCCUCAGCGAUGACCUCCUACAGAUUGAGCGGCGCAUGGAGUUGGUGCGUGUGGUGUCCCACAACACACACAAGCGGAUGGUGUCAUGUCUACAGGGACACAUCGGUGCAGACGCAGAGAAGAGACAUUCCGUACCACGCCUCUAUACAGGAAAUGGUCAGAAAAAGCUUCCUCUGACUGCACUAUCCCAGGCGAUGGUCGAAGGCGGAAACCAAUUGGGAGAGGACUCCCUGAUAGGGAAGAUGAUGGAAGUGUGCGGCGAGGCAGAGAAUCGCCUGGCAUCAGAACUGAUGCAACAUGAGCUGCAGAUAGAGAAGGACGUUCUGGAUCCUCUCAGCCAGCUAGCAGAGUUGGACAUUCCCAACAUCCUGAAGCAGAGGAAACAGCUGGCCAAAUUAGUGCUGGACUAUGAUUCUGCCAGAGCAAGAUGGUUGCAGGCAACCAAGUCAAUAAUCUCAGGAACAAACACUCACGCACUGACGGCCAAGGCUGACCUACUCAAGGAGGAGAUGGAUGAGGCCAUGAACAAAGUGGAGCUUUGCAAGGAUCAACUCGCUGCAGACAUGUACAGCUUCUUCUCAAAAGAAGGGGACUAUGCCUGCUUCUUUGUAACACUCUUAGAAGCUCAGGCUGAUUACCACAGAAAGUCUCUCACUGUUCUGGAGAACGUCCUGCCAACCAUCCAGGCUCAGCAAGACUCGUGGACAGAGAAGCCUGCAUUUGGCACCGGGCUGGAGGAACACCUGAAGAGGAGUGGAAGGGAGAUCGCUCUGCCUAUAGAGGCCUGCGUCAUGAUGCUUCUAGAGACUGGCAUGAAGGAAGAGGGUCUGCUCCGAAUCGCAGCAGGGGCGUCCAAGCUAAAGAAGCUAAAAGCAGCGCUGGACUGUUCCACUUCACAACUGGAGGAGUUCUACUCUGACCCCCAUGCUGUCGCUGGAGCUCUGAAGUCCUACCUGAGGGAACUCCCUGAACCAUUAAUGACGUACCAGCUUUAUGAUGAAUGGAUCCAGGCUUCCAGUGUAUCAGACCCAGACAAGAGGCUCCAGGCGCUAUGGGUUGUAUGUGAUAAGCUACCAAAGAACAAUAAAACCAACCUGAGGUAUCUGGUGAAGUUUCUAGCCAAACUGGCCCAGGACAGCGAGGUGAACAAAAUGACUCCUAGCAACAUCGCCAUCGUCCUGGGACCCAACCUGCUGUGGGCCAAGACUGAGGGGAGUCUGGCUGAAAUGGCUGCAGCUACCUCUGUGACCGUGGUGGCCAUCGUGGAGCCCAUCAUCCAGCAUACUGACUGGUUCUUUCCUGAGGAUGUGGAGUUCAACGUGUCCGGCAUGUUUGCGAUGCCGACACCCGCAUCCAACCAUAACAAUCACCUUGACUAUGACUGUGGCACCAUUGAAAGGAAGAGGCCCGGCAGUAUGGUGGGACCGGAGAACGACACAGCGCGACAUAAAGACAACACCCCUAACAAGCACUCGGACCACACCCUUCGUAGAGGCAGUAACACCUUAGGUAGAAAGCAGCACACCUCACCUGCCUUCCAGCCUCCUUUACCCCCCGUGGAGGCUCCAGGUCAGGGGCACGCAGUUGCUCAGGCCCCCGAGCCCUGGGCUGAGCCCCAGUCACAGACUCAAUGGGGGGGCUCGGGGCCUGACGCUUCCCAGCAAAGCUUGGCACAGAGUCUGGCCGCUCUCGCAGCCGCUCAGCAGCUUCUAGCCCAGCACACGGAGGAGCUCAGUUACCCAAAGCUACGUGACCACACACCUGCCCCGACCCCCCUGCUCCAGAGGAAUGGCUCUGGAGCAGGGGGACACGCUGCAGGGCAGCUGGGCACUGGGACCCCCGGGGCUGGAUCCAUGGGGCCCAGUCCUCAUAUGAUGCGUAGAGGUACCAAGAAGCAGGCUCCUGCCCCGCCCAAACCAAUGAACCCUCCACCCGGUCAGCCCUGUAAUUCAGUGAACCACGCCUCCUCCUCCUCAGGCUCCUCCCACUCCCUCAGCCCGACUCCCAGACCCUUGUCCAGCCACUCGCCCACCUCGCCCACUUCUCCCUACUCGCAGCCGUGUGCCACACCCAGACGCCACUCCAACAACCAGCCCCCGAUCCAAGCACCCAGCCACCCACCUCCGGAGCCUCCGUCACAAGCCAGCCCUCCGACGCAGCCCGCAUCGCUCGGCCAGCCCGGUGGGGACCAGCAGAGCUCGGACCCCUCACCUCCAGGCACCCCGACCCCUCCAGACACCCCUCCGCCUUCCACUACCGCCCAGGAUGUAGCUCCUCCGUCCCCGUCUCCGUACCAGACUGGCUCCCUCCCCCGGCCGCGACCGGUCCCAAAACCCCGGAACAGACCCAACAUCCCACCUCCACCCCAGCCCACUACACCAGCCAGUGACACCAAUGGGAUCUGUGCCAGUGCUUACAAGAUGAUGGACCCGGCGAUGUCUUUCAAAGGGCUGAGUCGGGCUUUGGUCCCUGAGUUCGCUGUAGACCAGCAGCCAGCGACAGCCUCCUCCUCCUCUUCCUCCUCCUCCUCCUCCUCCUCCUCCUCCUCCUCCUCCUGCCUGCCUCCUCCCAAAGACUGUGAUCUGGACACUGAGAGCACCGUCCUAUAAGGAGGAGACGAUGACGCGCUCCGGUCCAGCACCCCCCAACACACCUCCUCUCUAAUCGUUACACACACACCUCAUGUAGCCUGCUCUUGUUUCGUCCCAGCCCGUAUCUGCAGCCCUCCUCUGCCGUCUUGUUCUCCCAGUCCGGCCUGUAUGAAGGACUUUACUGUGACAUGAUGCACCUUCUGGCAACCAUGGUGGAGGCCCACAGCUCUUGGAAAACAAUGGCUAUGAUGGUGGAUUACGUUGAAUAGACGAGGUUAAUUUGUGUUGAUUUUGCCGAUUUUACGGCUGAUGAUGUCUGUUUUUAACCUGGAACCAAUUUAUGCAAGAAUUUUGAUAGUUGAUUAAUAUUUUUUUUUUUUUUAAGCAAAAAUAUCAAAAGACAAGCCACUUCGAUAUGAUUUUGGAAAUUGUGAGUGUGCAUUUUCCAGUAUUUUAUGACAUUUUUCAGACCCAAUGAUUGAGAAAAUAAUGAGCAGAUUAGUUAUUAAUUGCUUCUCUUGUCAAAGGGCAUUUCUCCAUAUUGGACCACUUACUUUGACUUCCAGCACCACCACCACAAUCCCCUUCAGGUAGCUCUCGUUUCCAGUCCUGCUGUUAAAGCUGUUACGUUACCAUUAUUGACUUACAGUCCUCUUGACCUCCACAAUGGUGCGAGAUGUGCUCAUGAGAAGACUUUGUGACACAAAGCCUCUACUGGCCUCUACUGUAUACCGCAGACGCCACCAUUAUCUUUUAUUCUGCGCUUCCUACAGAUCAAGCUCCAGACAAUCAAACAGCAGAGGACCGCUGAUGAUUAUGACAUCAGACAACUGUGUCAAUGAUGAGCAAUAGAAAGCAAUGGGUACUGACCGGGGGAAAGUCGUUUUGAAUUUGGUUCAAGGUUUUGUAUUUUUUUAAUGUCUAAAAAUGGCCUUAGAACGAGAAAGUGGAAAAAAAAAGAGGUAUUUCUAUAGCACGGGGGGAAGUCAGCAGGUGACGUAGAAACCAAAACUGUUGCUUUAAGUGUAGCUGGUGACUGCAGGUUUCCAGUCGUCUCAAACACUUGAUUUUUGUAUGGAAACCCAAUGCUACUUUGUUUCCCUCACUCCUGUAUUUAUUUACUGAUUUAAAAAAACACAUUCCCUGUGGCUUGACGUAAUUAAUGCAGUCUUUAAAUGUAAAUCAUGCCUUAUGGGUUCCUCCCGGAACCGUGUAAUAAGCAUUAUAUAUUUACUGUAUGGAGGAUAUACUUGGCUCCGAGUACUACAGUAUUUCCAAGAAGCUGUCUUGGCAACAAGUAUGUUUCAGGGACGUAAAGGAAGGUAAUUGUGACCCUCUGCAAUAGAAGUCUUGUAUGGUUCUGUAUUGUUCCACAAAAGUUGUGUAUUUAAAAGUGUUUUGGUUGAUUUCUUUGCGUUUUAUAAGCGGAAGUAGCAGGAUUAAAUACCCGCCCAGCGUGAACAGUCAGUAUUUUGCCUUUCUGUUUUUACAUCAAUCUUUUGUGUUUGCUCCUGUGUUUAGCUGAGGGGGCAUUAAAACACAACAGGCUGUGUGUGAGCGGAUGUAGUGAAAGGGCAAUUCUUAACAGCCUGAACAGAAAGAUGCAUAAACAGCUGAUGUUGCACUUGAGCGCAGGCCAAUGAGUGGUUUCCUGGUGAACUGGUUUAGAGGAUUUUCUUCUUCUUUUUUUUUUUUCCAGUCUUUCCCACUGAGCUGAGAGCAUGCGGUGCUGUGAAACCUCAGUAGUGAAGUGGUGUUAGCUUUUUUUUCCAGGUCAAAUGAUUUAAAAAUGCUUUGUUGUAUUUUCUGUGCAAGUUUUUAGCUUUUUGGCCUCUGAUGUAAUGCGUGAGUGUGGUUCCAUGAGAACUGACCCGAUAUGGUACCAAUGGAGAAAGUCUUGGAUGCUGCAGUUGCCCUGAAAACGAGUUUUAAUUUUGUUUUUCAGAGACGAUCGAACGUUAUAAUCUCCUCCUCUAUCUGUGCUCCUGUACCUGGCUGCCUUAUCCCCGUGUAUCAAGGGAGCUUGGUAUCCCAAAGCUCUGUAAGACGAACAAAUGCCAUUAAACUAGAAAUGAUUAUGCUGCAUUUUAAGCUCCAUAGUUUUUUUUGUUUUUUUUAUGUAUGCCGUCUGGUGAGCUUAAAUAUGGAAUAAAAACAUGUAAUAUGUAUGCUUGGUUAUACACCUUUCCAAAGAAAAUAAAGUAUAUGA